AUGGCCUUCGUCUCCUCCUUCACAGCCCCCCCGCGGCGCCCCUUCUCCGGGGCUGCCAUUUGCCACGCUUCUACAAGCCCGACGCUCGCCCCGAAGAUGGCGUAUGACAUGGACGGCAGCAGCGGACUAGGCUCGCUCAACCAGCUCCGCAUCAGGAGCUCAGCCGUCGAAAAGGACCGCCGCUCCUUUAAGGUCACCUUUGUGCUCCCGAGCGAAAGCAGGCUCUUCACCUUCCGCGAGCUGCAGAACGUGUACACCACUAAGAUUGUCCCUUUCUCGUCAUGGUACGCAGAGCAGCAGCGCAUUCAGAAGAUGGGGGGGAAAAUCCUUAAGGUCGAACUUAGCUCGGGAGGGCAGAUGCGCUCCGUCGGGAAUACCUGAGCUGGCGUCAGCGUUUGUCGAUGCUAGUGCUUCCAUUGUGCCAGUAAAUGCGAUGGCUUGAAUAGCUUUUUCUAUCGGUUUGGUAAGUUAUAUCUUAUGUUGUUUUGUGGGUGCUUUCGCUCGACGCUGCCUGUGGUAGUGUGGAUUGUUUCCGAAUUGAAACUGGAGUGCAUGCGUUGCGCGAAGAGUUACAUUAGAGAGUAAAGGGGCUCUUCGAAAUACACGAUCUCAGAUGCCCCACUUCCAAAUUCGUUACGGAAAA